UUUUUCACCAACGUGCAAACUAUCAACAAAAAGUACGUGUUUUCGGAAACUUCACAAAGAAAUAGUCUGCCGUUGAGCUUAAAGUGAUUAUUCUUGCCACAUAAUGUCUUCUUUCGAAACUGCUUUGUCCUACGCUGCUUUGAUUCUCGCUGAUGCUGAGGUUGAGGUCUCUGCUGACAACUUGUUGGCCUUGACCAAGGCUGCCAACGUUGAGGUUGACAAGAUUUACGCUGAUUUGUUCUCCAAGGCUUUGGAUGGUCAAGACAUCAAGGCUUUGUUGACCAACUUCUCUGCUGGUGCUGCUGCUGCUCCAGUCGGUGGUGCUGCCGCUGCUGGUGGUGCUGCUGCUGAGGAGGCUGCUGCUGAAGAAGAGGAGGAAGCCAAGGAGGAGUCUGACGACGACAUGGGAUUCGGUUUGUUCGAUUAAACACGAUAACUUCCAGGU